CGGCCCGGCCCGACUCCGGCAGCCCAGAGCCAGCUGAGCCGCACGGCCCGACGUCUAGUGCCAGUGCCGCCGCCGCUCCCGGACCCCGCCGGCCUCCGACCAUGCGCGGCGGCCCGCUUUAGCGAUUCGAUGGAGCCGGGCAACUUCUACGAGGCGGACGCGCGCUCCCCGAUGCUCAGCGCCCUCCAGGCGUACCCGUCGCAGCAGCGCCCGCCGGUGGCCGCCGCGCACCUGCCCUCCGCCGCGUUCGGCCUCCCCCCGCCGGCCGGCCCCUUCGGCUACCUGGCCGCCGCGGAGCUGCCGGAGAUCUGCGAGCACGAGACGUCCAUCGACCUGAGCGCCUACAUCGACCCGGGCGCCUUCAACGACGAGUUCCUGGCCGACCUCUUCCAGCACAGCAAGCAGCAGCAGGAGCGCGCCGCCGCCAAGGCCGGGCUGGAGUGCGCCGGGGCCGGCAUGCCGGGCACCGGGUUCCCGCCGGGCGGGGGCGCGCUCUACUGCUACGCCGAGGAGCGGCUGGGCUCGGGUCCCCCGCCGCUGCCCGGCCUGCGCCCGCUGCUCAUCAAGCAGGAGCCGCACGAGGACGAGGAGGCGGCCGCUCUGGCCGCGCUCUACCCGCCGCCGCCGCCGCCGCCGCCCGCCGGCCCGCCUUGCAGCCACCUCCAGUACCAGGCGGCGCACUGCGCCCAGACCACGGUGCACCUGCAGCCCGGAGGGCAGCCCACCCCGCCGCCCACGCCCGCGCCCAGCCCGCACGGCCCCCACCCGCCCCACCGCCUCCACGCCCGGCCCGGGACGCCCGCCGCCCCGUCGGGCAAGGGCAAGAAGGUGCUGGACAAGGGCAGCAGCGAGUACCGGGUGCGGCGCGAGCGCAACAACAUCGCGGUGCGCAAGAGCCGCGACAAGGCCAAGCAGCGCAACGCCGAGACGCAGCAGAAAGUGCUGGAGCUGAGCAACGACAACGAGCGGCUCCGCAAGCGCGUCGAGCAGCUGAGCCGCGAGCUGGAGACCCUCCGCGGCAUCUUCCGCCAGCUGCCCGAGAGCUCGCUGGUCAAGGCCAUGGGCAGCUGCCCCUGAGCGCCCCGAGAGGCCCGACCCUGCCCUGCCCGCUCCCUCGGGCGUCGCGGGGCGGAGGGCCGGCUCCCCGCCAACCCCGCCAGGGCCCGGCCAUCGGGAGCGGCCGCCGCUCUUCGGGGACCCCGCCUGGCUUCCC